UUUAACCUCUUAAACAAAAUUAGAAAAAUUAAAUACCCGUUUUGGAAUAUUUUAGUGCAGAGAACUGAAUUUGUGAUCUUCCACUACCAUAGGAAUUAGGAAGCAUCGUUUCAUCAGCAUAAGCUUCAACUUGUUCUUCUUCUAUCUACUCGUCUGUAGUGUAGAGUACAAAUACUGGAAACUCUACUCUUCUUCAGCUAUGAUCACUCGCUAUUAUUCUCUUCUUAACGCUUCAAUCCUCACCUCUCUUCAUAGAUAGAAAGCGCGUGGCUUAACGUGCUCACCCUGGGCGUAGGAAAUGGACGAGCCCACUUUUGUGUCGAAAGCAAGGAUCGCCUUCCAUUCCGCGGCUGCGAAAGCGGAGCGUGUUCUCAUGGACUUCAAAUCUGAUCGAGAUCACGAUAAGCGAUCGCCCAGCAGCUUGACCAGGCAAUCGGAAAUUGAAUCUCCUCACAACGAGAACGAGUCGAAGCUUCGCAGUGAAUUGAAGCAUAUAAAGUGGAGGCCUCCACAUAUAGGAAUAAAGCAGGAUUGGCAAGAUAGAAUUAAGAACAUUCGGAUAGGGAGAAAAGAAGUUGAAAAUCAAAAUACAGAUAAAGUUGGGGAUGCAAACAUGGCAAUUCAUUUUUAUGAUGAAAAUUUGUACAUUCUGAAUAUGAAGAAUGAUCUUGAGGCCAAGGCUUCGGAUACAAUUCCCUCAGUUGAAGGCCUAACUGAUGCAACUAAACAUCCCAUUCCUCCGUCAUCUGUGCUGAAACAAUUGGCAAUAGCUGUCGAGGCUGGAAGUAAAACAAAGUCGAUGAAAGAUUUUCUAGCUUCAUCAGCAGGUUCUUCGCCUGCCAAAGAGAGGGCAGGCUUAAGUCUCUCUGCUGUUAGGGCUUUAGUGCUGCGUGAAAAGGCGGACAAACUUACCUCUGAGUUUAGUAGCGAUGAAAGAGUUGUACAUUUGAUUAAUACUCUGUUUGAUCCAGAGGGAGAUUUCCUUAGAAGGAAGAUCAACUCUAAUCCAGAGGAAACUGCCAUGACAUCUUUGCCAAGAGAUAUUCAUGGUUCUCCUCCCGAAAGCCUUGUUGUUAAGCUAGCUGAAAUCAUUGGAAACUACAAGUCUCUUCGAAAAAUGGCACUUUUCUGGCACAGAGUUGUUGCUGAACUAAGAAAACAUUGGUCUGAGGAUCAACACUUGCCUGGAGUCCCCCAGCAUGAGAUUCCAGAUCUGAAGUCAUGUCUUCUGUAUCAACAAUUUCAAGUAAUUAAUUGUUGCAUCUCUCGGAAAACGCUCCGUUUUAUUGCCACUGAAUCUCUAGACUCUAUGAUGAUGCAAGCUAAUUCAAACAGAAAAGAAUCAACUGAUUCUUAUGGUGAAGCUCCUGCUACCCCUGUUCUAUAUGCUAGGGUAAAUAGUGGGGAGCUUGUUCUUCGACUUGGUGCAGAUUACCCAGCUGGAGAUGUGACAUUGUUGGAAACUGGCGAGCCUGUGUAUUCUCCCGUUACCCAGGAAGGACCUUUGCUUACAGAAGAUCUAAUCAAGGAAACAGAGGAGUUUGUGCUGAGGACUGGGAGUGUUGGUGCUGGGUGCUCGCAACUGCUCUCAGAUAUGCAGGCUUUCAAGGCUGCAAAUCCCGGGUGUAUUUUGGAGGAUUUUGUAAGAUGGCACUCUCCUCCUGAUUGGACAGAUAAUGAGGCAAGUAUUGAGGAUAGUGAUUCUUUUGAUGGGGGUGAGCCAUUGUCUGCCAAAGGUCAGCUAAGUCGGAGAAUGCAAAAAGAAGGUAAUUUGUGGCGUGAAUUGUGGGAAACAUCUAAACCAGUACCUGCUGUUAAGCAGGCACCUCUCUUUGAUGAAGAUUUGGCAGUGGAGGGCAUCCUCAAUGAAUUUGAGGACAUCAAUCCUUCUGAGCUUUUUGGACAGCUGUUUGUUUCUUUACUUGGUUUAGGAUUUGCAAUUGCUGAACCUAUGCUGUCUAGAAAUGGUGACUUCUCGAAGUUAUUCUAUGACUGCAAGGAGUACUUAGUUGCCACAUGUCAAAGCAACAAAUUAAAUGAGAAAGUUGAUGAUCUUGUUCAGGUAUAUGAAACAGUGGAGACAAUGUUACUGAAUCCCGACGAAGCACAAAAGAUGAUUAAGCAGACAGAAGAAUUAACUAUGAUUACUGGUGAACCAAAGAGCCGGUUUAAGAGCCUAAGCCUUAUCUUUGGUGGCAAAGAUAAACUGUUGAAAAAGUCUGCCUCAAAAGAUCGGAUAUACGAUGAAAUAAAGCCUUGUCGGCAAUCUAUCAAGUUUCAUUGACAGCUUCAAAGAAUCCUCCCAAGUCUGAAUGCUCAUCCCCGUUUGAGAAACCUUCUCUAGAGACUGGUUGGAGAGUUGUUUAGACAAAUUUCAUCUUCACCGUUUUUAAUUAAGGAUAAGCAAUAUUUUUUUGAGUUCCCCCUCCCCCUGCAGAUAACUGUAAAUUUUCUUUAUUCUUUUUCCAAAUACUUGCUUGCUGAAUUCUGUAGCAAAUAUUUCAUUGGGAAUUGAAGAUAUAGCAUAUUUGUUUUCUC